AUGCUAGCUUCUCUGCUCCGUCCGAAAGGGCGGCGCGGGCAGUUGGAUCAAAUGUCCUUUUCCUCCCCCUUUGGCCCCGAUCAGAGCUCGUCGCCAUGGUUUGGAGCGGCUCGGCGACGCGGGCCAGCGCGAGGGCGACCGGGUGGAGACCCGGAGGACGAAGACGCGCCCGAGCUCGAGGAGAUUGACGAAGAUAUGGAGGAAAACUGGGGAGGGCAUGAAGAGGAGGACGAUGAGGAUCAAGCUCAGCUGGAAUCGAGUCCCCUCCUGCCCAUUUUCUCGGCUUCGCAUUUGGAUUCCCUCCCCGUCUAUGAGCUAACCCAUGCCAUUCGCCCGUUGAUCGCCUCCCGAUGUGAAACCACCCUGACGUGGGACCAACUGCGGUCGCCGCAGGUGUCUCAGUUCUUGGUCAAACCGAUUCAGCAGAAGAUCAUGUCUGCACACUUUUCACGUGCCACACUCUAUGCCUUGAUGGCAAACUGUCUGCAAUUCGAAAAAGAAAUCCAUUCCAACCCGGGCAAUAGCGGCGCCAGCCAGACCCGAGCGAUGGUCAGCGAGUUGCUCGCCAUCAAGUUGCUACGAGAAUACACCACACGAGAGUUGAUCGAUGCCCUGUCCUAUGAAUUCUAUCCUCUCCAGGGACAGGACUCCACCACAACUUGGGCUUCUCGUCCGUCUGGAAAGCGAUUGGCAGGGACUGCGCGAGUUUCCUGUCUUGAGGUCGCAAUUCGAGCGCAGGCGAAACGAUUUCUUGCCCAUCCCGUCGUGGUGCAGCAAUUAGAGGCGAUCUGGGCAGGAACCAUCGUUUUCCAUUCUACGGCUGAUAACCUUCAUCGACGUGUCCAUCGACCCGCGUUGGCGGAACGGGACUACGGGACGUCCGCAGAUCCUCAUGGACUCCCACUGCCAUCCUCCGGGCAAGCGUCAUUCCGGCGCUCGGUGACCCUGUACAACCCCCGCGAGGCGUCCUUAUUCAAGCUUUCCAGAUUACGAGUACCACGGUAUCGACAAUUUCUGUCCACUCUCUCCUUCGCUGUCCUCCUGGGCCUCUUUCUGGCGGUCCUCGAACAGCGUAGCCGGCAGAUCACCUCUCUGGAAGUCAUAUUCUGGUUCUGGAGUGCUGGGUUUAUGCUGGACGAGAUUGUAGGUUUUAACGAACAGGGAUUUAGUCUCUAUCUUAUGAGCUUCUGGAAUCUCUUCGAUUUGGGAAUUCUGCUGUUGCUUUUCUGUUAUUACUGUCUCCGCAUCUAUGGUGCUUUCUUGACAUAUCCACGAAACCGGCAAAUGGCCAAUCAAGCAUAUGAUGUGCUCGCUGCCAAUGCGGUCCUCCUGUUUCCUCGCUUAUUUUCGAUUCUGGAUCACUAUCGUUAUUUCUCGCAGCUUCUGAUUGCAUUUCGCAUCAUGGCAUCUGAUUUGAUUGCGGUUUUUGUUUUAAUCAUCAUUGCCUGCAGCGGCUUCUUCGUCGCAUUCUUGUCUUUUGGCAAUGAUAAUUCUCCAAAGACCGUCGCCUACGGAUUAUUUCAAAUGUUGAUGGGAUUUACGCCUACUGCAUGGGCAAUGUGGGAUGAGUAUAAUCUGCUGGGAAGAAUUAUCUUGACGAUCUUUCUUUUCAUUUGCCAUUUUGUGGUGGUCACCAUCCUCAUUACGGUACUCACCAAUUCUUUCAUGAGAAUUGUUCAGAAUGCCAAUCAGGAGCAUCAGUUCCUGUUUGCCGUCAAUACUAUCUCGAUGGUUAAGUCGGAUGCUCUUUUCUCCUAUGUGGCGCCCACAAAUAUCAUCGCCUGGCUUGUCACCCCAUUUCGGUACAUGAUGCCUUUCCGCCAAUUCAUCCGUUUGAACCGCACCAUCAUCAAGAUCACUCAUAUGCCAAUCUUGUUCACAAUCUGCUUGUAUGAGAAGACAAUACUCAGCAGCCAAGUCGUGGAGCCUAUGGAUCUCGUUGAGACAACACGACGUCCUGAAUUACCCAGCCGUGCGCAGAAUUGGCAUCCAAGUCGCUUUCAUGCGUUCAGUAGCCACGCACAUCGGCUUGUGCGUGAACCGUCGGUGGCAACAUAUCAAAAGGACCAAGCGCUAGAAGAGGUGUUUCGGCGGCCUUUCAGUGAUGAUCGAAUGCGUGGGCUGAGCAGCGUUCGUAAACAGGAGAAUAAUAACGUCAUCAAAGACUGGAUGCAAGAGAUUGGCUCUGGUCCAGCUCAUACUCCGGACGACGAAGAUUCAGUGGCUGAUCGUCUCGAGAUGCCGGUUCGACGGCUUCGAUUCCCUUUCCGCAAAACACUGACGGGACAUGGCCGAAACUUUACCGAGACAACCCGUUCAGUCGCAUCCAAUCCCGAAGAUCGAGUCAGCCAUAUUGCUAGUCCGGCUUUCCGACGUCGCCGCGACUUUAAAUCCCCGACACGGACUCGACAGCUCUCCCAGCAUACCGACAUGGAGGGAGAUGAUGAGCUGACCAGUGAUGAUAAUGACUUUAAUGACAAAAUCUCCGAUAAGGGGUCUAUCAGUGAUAACGCUAAUCCUGUCGGAGGUACCGAGAAGACGACCCCCAAGUUCUAUAGUUCUCGCCCGUCAACGGCCAGAAUCAUUUCCCGCCGUGGUAGUCCCACGCGCCGUCCGAAGCAUCAUCGAAAUAUUUCCGGUGCCACCAUGCUCUACAAUCCUAUUGGAUCACCCGACCUUGGCUCUGAAGGUCAAGCGAGUCCUUUCCGAACUAAGAGCGACUCCGAGGAUGAUCAACUGCCCGUUGUAUCCACUUCAGUGGAUCAAAGCACGAUGAAGAGGUACCCCCCGCUUACUGCAGCCCUGGCGCGGAACGCCUCUCUGGGGUUAAAUCCGAUGUCUGUUCCCGAGCUUGAUGGGCUCUACAUGUCCGAUCGGCCCACUUCCGCCCGUCCGCAGCGGUCCCUUCUGUUUGAUCUCGGCUCGGACCUCGGGGACAAUAAAGCGGUGACCGGGGCUUUUGCAGGUGCUGUGCCAUCUAGCUUCAACACCCAGGUGGCCUUUGCCACGGGAGGACUCCGUCGCGAUGUACCGAGUCAGACUCAAGACAUGCUCAGCAAGCUGGUCUUGGCCCGAAUGAAUAACAUCGAAGAAGGAUUCCGGGAGGUAAUCAAGGAGGUGAAGGAUCUCCGACAUGGCUCCAGCCGCAGCCGCAGCCGCAGCCAGCCUGAUGAACUUCGGGCGGUGGUACGCGAGAAGAAGAAGCGGGUGGAGAAGAAGGAAACAAACUUGAAGAAACGCAGACCCAACUCGGAGGAAAGCCGGACUGGUCGUGAUGGGAAACGCCCGGAUCCAUAA